AUGGACGUCGGUGUUGUACCAAAGUUCUAUACGGGACCAUCGCCUCCUCCGAAAAAGAUUUUCAUUCACAAGGAGAGCAGAGAAAGCCGCCAAGUUCAGAGAGAGAAAUCCCUAUCAUCAACUAUCAUAACCAGGACUAUCAUCAACUGGAAUCUCUUCGCUACGCUAGCCGGCUUUUGGGAAGACUCCGCAACGGACAACAUCGACAAGGAGUAUGACCGGCUCCUUGAACACGUUCACGACUGCGCGAAGAAGGCUGAGAGUUUUAAAACCACCAAGAGACGUUUGUCUCUUGAAACUCUUGAGCUGAUACGCCAGCGUGGAGCAGCCCGAGCCGCAGGGAACCAAGAACUCACGUCCGAGCUCGCAAGGCUUUGCAGAGAGGCGAUAAAGGAAGACCUUAAAGAGAGAAGAGCAGAAGUGCUGGCUGAAGCUGCAGAGGUGGGGAAAAGCAUCCCCUAUGCCCGUCGAGACCUCGCCAGUCGCAAAACGAGGAUGACUGCUCUCCGGAACCCAGAGGGAACAGCCAUUGCAUCGAGAAGGGGGAUGGAGAAAAUCAUCUACGACUUCUACUCUGAUCUCUUCGACAGCCAUGUCCACUUGCCUCCUCACCAUCUGAGGGAAGACAGACAUGUCAUUCCAGAGGUUCUUCCGUCCGAAAUACGAUAUGCUAUCAUGUCGGUAAGAAAUCGUACGGCACCCGGUCCCGACAGAAUAAGACCAGAACAGCUGAGGAACCUUCCGCCAGUAAUCAUCAACACCCUGGCGAGGCUCUUUACACGUUACCUGUCGGAAUGCAAGGUUCCUAAACAGUGGAAAAUCAGCAAGAUCGUGUUGCUGUAUGAAAAGGUAGAUUCACAUGACAUCGGCAACUAUCGCCCAAUCUGCUUACUGUCCGUCAUCUACAAGCUCUUUACAAGAGUGAUCCUUAAUAGGAUUGAAAAAGCCUUGGAUGAAGGACAGCCAUGCGAGCACGCAGGGUUUCGAAUAGGAUUCAGCACGACUGACCACAUUCACACUGUUUCGAAACUCAUCGAGUUGAGACGGAAGCGGUCGUGGAAGCCUUGGACAACCAAGGCGUCCCUACUCAGUACAUGA